CCCACUUAAACCAAACGACUGAAAUAUCGCCUCAGUCGCUGCCAAUGAUUCUCAUUACCCAUUUCUCUCUGAUUCUCUCACUCUCUUCCGUUCUUAACUGCCAAACACAUCCUCUCUCAGGUUUCUCCUCUGCGUCGCACCUUCGUCCUUCAAUCUUCCUCUUCUUCGCGCUACCUAGCUGAUACACUCUACACAUGUUAUCUUCGUCUCUAACAUAGUAAUAAAUAUGGAUCAUUCACUGUCCGGCCUUCUCUGCCAAGAAAACCGAGCAGAGGCGGUGGUAGUGGAUGAAGAUUUAUACGUUCAGUUUGAGGAUUCUAAUGCUUCAGAGGAUGAGUAUGUGGACGUUUUAACUGAGAAAGAGAUCGGCCUUGGGUUCGGAAGGGACGAGUCUUCGGUGUUGAGUGAUUGGAUCAAAACUGCUCGCUUGUAUGCCAUCAAUUGGAUUCUCAAAACAAGAGCCACUUUCGGCUUUCGCUUUCAGACGGCUUACUUAUCUGUCACAUACUUCGACCGAUUCCUUUCUAGACGGUUCAUCGAUAGUGAGAGGUGUUGGGCAUUUAGGUUACUAUCAGUUGCAUGCCUUUCUCUGGCUGCCAAGAUGGAGGAGUGCGACGUUCCGGCGCUAUCAGAAUUUCCUUCACAAGAUUAUAACUUCGAAAGCAAAGUGAUUCAGAGAAUGGAGCUUUUGGUGCUUUGCACACUGGACUGGAACAUGAACUUCACCACUCCUUUUGCAUUUUUACCUUAUUUCAUCCCAAAGUUCAGCAACCAAUCCCCUCCGGCUCACAUUUGGUCCAACAUUAUGCAGCUCAUCUUCACAUUAAUGACAGAGGUCAAUUUGAUGGAUCAUAGGCCCUCCGUGAUAGCAGCGGCGGCUACUCUGGUGGCUAUUGAUCCGCAUUUGACGAGAAAAGCCGUAGAAUUGAAGAUGAGUUCGGUUUCUCAAUAUUGGAUUCACGAAAUUGAAAACAUAUAUGCGAGUUAUGAUCUAAUCCAGAGAUUACACAUGGAGAAAACUGAAAGAGACAAGAUGAUGCAAUCCUCGAGUCCUCCUUCGCCUGUGGGAUCGAUGGCAAUCAACAAGCUAGAGGCUUCUGUAGUUAGUUCUGCUGUUACGUCCAAGAGAAGAAGACUCACGUUCACUGAUCACGAAGAAAGUCGAGGCACACACGACGGAAGUUAAAGGAUUCCACAAGGGAAGAUCAGAUUUUGAAUUUGCUUAACAAGUUCCAGAGAUUAUGCGUUCAUUUAAUUUUUUUCUUUUAUAAAGAUACAUAUAUUCUCCUCCAAGGUAAAACGAUGAAAGGAAAGGUGUUUGAUUACUAGUUGACAAAAAAAAAAUGUAUGGGGUUGAUUGAGAGUGUCCCUGAGGAAGAAGCAAAGAGAGGAGGAGGAGGAAACGUGAAUAAAAAUCCUGGCUCUGGGCAAAUAUUGGAGUGCUCAAUGGACCAGGAAGGACAAUUGCCAGAUAUGGCAUGGAAAGCUACAUGAUGAACAUGGCCAAAUAGGCGAUAGCGAUAUGAUACUUUGUUUUGUUU